AUGCGAGGCGAGAUCUGCCACAUCCACCUGGGCCAGGCUGGCACCCAGCUGGGCAACGCUGCUUGGGAACUGUAUCUCCUCGAGCAUGGGCUGAAGCCGGAUGGGUACAUCGAUCCUGAAGUCACCGAUGAAACCGCAAAGACCGGGUCCUACGAAACGUUCUUCACCGAGACAUCCCACGGCAAAUACGUACCACGUUCUAUCUUCGUGGAUCUUGAUCCCUCGCCUAUUGACGAGAUUCGCACUGGCACUUACCGCCACCUUUUUCACCCCGGGCAAUUGAUCAGUGGGAAGGAAGAUGCUGCCAACAACUAUGCGCGUGGCCACUAUACCGUUGGAAGGGAUAUCUUAGGUGCUACAGCCGAGAGCAUGCGUCGUGUAGUUGAAAACUGCGAAUCCAUGCAAGGAUUCUUGAUCUUUCAUUCCUUUGGAGGAGGUACUGGAUCCGGAUUCGGAUCGUUGCUGUUGGAGCACAUCACCAAGAUGUAUGGCCGCAAGUCGAAGCUCGAAUUCUCGGUCUACCCAUCUAAGGAAACCUCAACCUCGGUGGUGGAGCCCUACAAUUCUGUCUUGUCGACACACAGCACCAUUGAGAAUUCCGACUGCACCUUUUUGGUCGACAACCAAGCCGUGUAUGAUAUCUGCCGCCGCCACCUGGAUAUUCCACGCCCAGGCUUUGAGCACCUGAACCGUCUGAUAGCCCAGGUGGUGAGCUCCAUCACCUCCAGCUUGCGGUUUGACGGUGCCCUGAACGUGGACCUGGCCGAGUUCCAAACGAACCUCGUGCCGUAUCCACGCAUCCACUACCCCCUGAUCUCGUACGCCCCGGUGAUUAGUAGUGAGCGCAGCUCUCACGAAAGUUUCAAGGUCCAGGACCUCACGUUCGAGUGUUUCAAGCCCAACAACCAGAUGGUGGCCUGUGAUCCACGACAAGGAAAGUACAUGGCAAUUGCACUUCUUUACAAAGGGGAUGUUGUACCUCUCGAGUGUACCCAGGCUGUGCAUGCGCUCAAGACCAGGGGCACAUUCAGCCUGGUUGAGUGGUGUCCGACUGGAUUCAAACUGGGCAUCAAUUACCAGAAACCGGUCCGCCGUCCCAAUGACGAACUCGCAUGUGUCGACCGCUCAGUGAGUAUGCUGUCGAACACGACCGCGAUUGCGCAGGCAUGGAGUCAUCUUGAUCACAAGUUUGAUCUCAUGUAUUCGAAGCGCGCCUUUGUACAUUGGUAUGUUGGCGAAGGCAUGGAGGAGGGAGAGUUUUCCGAGGCCCGGGAGGAUCUUGCAGCCCUCGAGAGAGACUAUGAUGAGGUGGCCCAAGAUGGCAAUCAGGGGGAUGGAGAGGCUGAGCAUUGA